UAUUUUCUUAACGGAUAUCCUUCACUUGCCCAAUUCGUCGCGAGCGACCGCGACAAGUCAACAGCCGUGUUUCGCAGAUUCGAUAGGCUCUCCGCCCGGAACCUGCUGUAUCUGCAAAGCGAGCUAGCAGAAUUGGAAACAAAACAAGACGCUUUUGACCGGGCCGAUGGACUAGAUGAUUUACAUACCAAGCAAUGCGCUAGGAACUGGGAACAUCUUAGGGAACGAGCGAGGACAGGGGCAAAGGAGACCGAAAGAGUACAACUCGCACUGGAGAUCAGAGCCAAGCUGAAAGAAUAUCGUGAAGCCCUCUUGUUCGAGAACACUUUACUAUCGCUUGAUCCGCCCUCGCAACGAGUCUUGCAAGCUUUACGGAAAAAAUUCCAUAACGUCACUCCUGGCGACCCCGAGGGUUGGCCAACACUAGGGGGGGCAAGUAGUAGUAUCUACGAGGACGGAACAGACCUGAUAGCACUGCGAAGGCCACCUCAUCAAGACCGUAUGACUGCUUUUGUACGAGAACGAUUAGGAAUAUUCUUU